UCAGUGUUCGUGUUCAUUACUGUGUAUUACCUCUGUUAAAUAAAAUAAACAUAAUCUGCCUGUGACAUGACACCCGUGGCGCUGCUAAUGAAAAGUUAGCAUGCUAGCUUUAAUCUUUACAGAUCAUUCAGGCAACAUGUUUCAGCGAUGGAGUUUAUUUUAAUGAUUAUUUGAUUCAUCUGCAAGCUUCUUCAUGCAACUGAAAGAAAAGUAUCUCAAAAUUUCAACUUGCUCCUUAAUGAGCAACACACAAGCAAAUGACGGCAUCCCUCCGGACGUGCUCAGUAAGGUGAAGAAGUACCUGCAGCCUUUCCAGCUGUCUACGGAGAUGCUGCAGGAGGUUUCGGCUCGGCUCAGGAAGGAUCUGAUCCGAGGUUUAGGGAAGCACUCGCACCACAAGGCGCCCGUCAAGAUGCUGCCCACCUUUGUCAGGGCCACGCCUGAUGGGACGGAGAAAGGCGACUUCCUGGCGUUGGAUCUGGGAGGAACAAACUUUCGUGUGCUUCACGUCCGUCUGGAGGAGGCACAGAAGGUUCUGAAGAUGGGCAGUCAGAUCUGCACCAUCCCGCAGGCAAUGAUGGUGGGAAAAGGAGAACAGCUGUUCAACUACAUCGCCACCUGUCUCAGACAUUUCCUUAAGUCUCAGAAGCUGAAGGGUCAAACUCUUCCUCUGGGCUUCACCUUCUCCUUCCCCUGUGAACAGCUGGAAAUCGACAAGAGCAUUCUGAUCCACUGGACCAAAGGCUUCAAGUGCUCCGAGGUGGAGGGGAAAGACGUGGUCCAGUUACUGAAAGAGGCCAUUCACAGGAAACGGGACUGUCAUAUUGGCUCGGUUGCCAUGGUGAACGACACAGUGGGAACGAUGAUGAGCUGCGGCUACAUUGACCAGAGCUGUGAAAUCGGCAUGAUCAUUGGUACAGGAACCAAUGCCUGCUACAUGGAGGAAAUGAAGAAUGUGAAGCGUAUUGAGGGCGAGGACGGACGGAUGUGCAUCAACACGGAGUGGGGCGGCUUUGGGGAUGACAGAUCCUUGGCUGACAUCCUGACUGAGUUCGACGUGGAAGUGGACAAGACCUCCAUCAGCCCCGGCGUGCACAUCUUUGAGAAGAUGAUCAGCGGCAUGUAUUUGGGAGAAAUCGUUCGACUGGUGCUGGUGAAGAUGACCAAGGACAAGCUGCUGUUUAAAGGACAGAUAUCGAAGGCAUUGGGGACCCCAGGACAGUUUGAGACCAAGUUUAUCUCUGAGAUUGAGGAGCCGGACAGCGGUUUGGAGAACGCCAUGAAGAUUCUGACUGAGUUGGGUCUGGUUUGGGAUCCGGUCGACGCGUCUGUGGUGCACCUGGUCUGCGACACUAUCUCCUCACGCUCGGCCCAUCUCUGUGCUGCCGCCCUGGCAACCCUCGUCAACCGCAUCCGUAACAACCGCAAACUGGACCAUCUGGAGACCACUGUCGGGGUGGACGGGACAGUGUACAGAAAACACCCCACCUUCAGCAGUAAGCUCCAGAAGGCGAUGCGCCUGCUCGCCCCUCAGUGUAACAUCACCUUCUUCGUCUCGGAGGACAGCAGUGGGAAGGGCGCUGCCAUAACAGCGGCUGUGGCACAGAGGCUGGCUCCCUAGUCCCGACUACUAGAGGAGAGCGACGGUGAGGACAAUGACGAGGAGGAGGAGGAGGAAGAGGGUCAAUAAUGUAUUUUUGACCAAUCUAUGCCUCAGUGCAACUGCAACUGUUCAUAUAAUGUGAAAAGAGGUGGAGCGAAUCUUCCGGUAUUUUAUCAUGUUGAGAUUUUAUUAGAAAAGAAGUAAAAAUAUGUUGAUCAGAGUAUUUAAAGUACAAAAACUUACACAAGGCUCACUGAAAAAGGUAUUAAAAAGUAAACAAUGUGUCAAAAGGAGGCGAUUUAAAGUCAUUUUAUAGAUCGCUAUGGAGAUUUUGAUCCAUUAAAAACCUAUUUAUUAAUAAGGGGCAUAGCUUCGGGGGGAUUUGUGGUGGCAACAAUUCCUAAAAAUAAGUGUUGUUAUAUCACUGCAGCAAGGGGCGUACACUCCAGGGGGGGCUGAGGGGACCCCUAUUGCUGGUUAAAGACAAAUCUGUGACAGUUGUCAGCACAUAUGGUGGUACAAGGCAAGAAAGAGUGGAAUAAAUAAUUUGGCUUUUUUAAUUUCCUCAAUCUCAAUAAAUAAAAAACAAAAGACUAAGAAUUAUCAGAGAAAUGCAUCAUUUGCUGCUUGGUGAGAUUUCCAGUCAUCCUGAACAGCAGUGAUCUGUUUGUGUCCAAGUAAAAGAUAACAGAUGCUUCAGUCUGAUGCAGAAAAGAAGGAGACAAGGAUAUUUGUGAAAUGUGUUUUGAAGGUGCCAAAAAUCCUCCUCUUUUUUUAAAAAAAAAAGGGGAAUAAAGAGUUUAUGUACAAAGAACCACAGAAGAAGAGCUGCAGCACAAUGUGCACUAAAGCCAGUGAA